AUGAUAUAUAUGUAUUGUGUAUGUGUGUGCGUAUGGUAAUAUGUAUGCAAUUACCGUUUUCCGUGGAGAUGUCACGUUUCUCCUGCGCGAUUGCGCUCGUCACUGAAGAAAUUACACUGGAUUGAGGGAGAGAAUCGUUUCUACGAUGCCUUAAUUAAGUUCAUUUCUUUUCAUGGUCAUUUUCUCUGGUCAUUGUACUUAGAUGUUUCAAGUUUGUACAAGCACUAAAGAAACGUAAAUAAGUAAGGACGGAGCAACGUUGUAAAAUAAUCGAUUCGCGGAUUCUCAAUUUUGAUUACAAGUCUUGCGGAUAAACAACGUUGUUAUAAACGAUAGGAUUAUUUCAUUAAAUAUGCUGUACUGCAUUCCAUUAUAAUCAUACAUGCAUUUACGAGGAAUAUGGAUGACAAUGUGAAUUUUAUGGGAUGUUAUCUAUAUAGUUCAGAAAUGAGAAUAUGAAGAGUAGUAGCCAAAAAGAGGAAUCUGUUGAUAAAAAAAGAUAUGUUUUCUUCUCAGAUCCAGAUGUUAUCGCAAAACGCGCCGAGACUUCCGCUGUUGCAGCACAGAUUAAUCAAGAAUUCAAGGUACAACAGCAACUUUUUAAAGAACAAUCAGCUGAUUUACAGACUCUUGCAAUUGGUCCAAAUAGUUUAGAAAAUGUGUUAUCUUAUCAUCCUGUACAGCCAUAUCCCUUUACAUUUAUCAGUGCUGUGAAACAAAAGCUUGCUUUAGAUGAUCAUAGUGAUAUUGGCAAAAUACAUGAUUCAAGUUCUCAAGCAAAGAAUAGUUUUAUUUCUUCAAUAUUAAAAACAAAUAGUAUACAAAAUUUGAAUACACAAAAUCAAAUUGUAGAAAAUAUGGACUUCAUUAAACCAUUAAAAGUACCAGAUCUUAAAAUCUCCCCAAAAACUUUGGAUUUCUCCAGCAGAGAAAAUUCUAAUUCGAAGGAACUGUCUUCCAUGAAAUCUGAAAUAGCUGCAAAAGAAUUUGCGCAUGACAGAUCUGAUAAGAGUUUAAGAACUGGUGAAAGAGUGCAAAGAAAAUUAGAUUUUUCCAUGGAUGAAUCAUUCAUUAAUUGUGAAAGUAUAGAACCAUUAAAAGCACCAAAUGUUUCGAUAGCAUCUAAUUUAAGCAAAAAGAAAGAACAUGUUAGAGACAGUUCCAGAGAAAAGGAAAAUAGAUCUAAAAGGAUGAAAAAGGAUGAUUCCUUAUUUGUAAAGAGGGAUGAAUCUGUGAAGGAUCAAGUAAAACGCAGUCGAAGUCCAAGACAUGUCUCCAAAAAAGAUGUUAGCGAUAUUAGAUUACCAUUACCAAAGAGUGAUAGACCAUUCCAUGCUACGAAAAGUAAUGACUUUUCAUCAAAAUCGAAAGAUAAAAAUUUUGUAGCGUCCACUGCAAAAAAAGAUGACAAAAGACAGAGAUCCUUUAAUACGCAGUCUGCAGAAUUAACAAGAGACAAUCUUCUAGAAUCCAAGAUUCAAACAUCCAAUGAGUCGCGAGUUUUUCCAUCUUGGAAAGAAUUAGAUAAAGCUACGUUAAGAGAUUAUAAUACGAGUGUUUUAUCUAGCACUGAGAACAAAUUUAAAGACAUAAACCAUUAUUUUCUUAAGUUAAAUCCUGAAGUAGAGAGAGAAGACUUGAAACAUAAAUCUGAUUCAGAUAAUAAAUUAUUGAAACAAGAUAAGUUAAGCACCAUUUACAAAGAUCAAAUGAAGAGAACAUCAGACAAAAGUAAAAUGUUGAACAAGAGUGAAGAUAAAAUCCACAGCGUUAAUUCAGAACUAUCAGAAAAUGAUGGAUUUAUGUCUGAAGCAAAUAAUUCCAAAAAUCGUAUAAGUGCUUAUUUUGUAAAUUCUACGCAAUCAUCAAAGAGUAAAGAUCUCGAAACACCUACGGAGAGUAAACAAAGUAUUAAUUCAACUAGAUCAACUAAAACUUCAGAGAAUUUCAAAUAUGCAGAACAUUCCAUGACGCAAUCUGCAAGCAUUAAAAAAGAUGAAGAAUCAUGUUCUCAAAGCGUUAUUACUACUAAAGAAACGAUUACUAAUGAUGAUUCAAAUGAUGUGGAUAUCAAUACACUGCCAGAGGCAUUAUUUGAUUCUAGAAGAAUCUCUCUCAGGGAUGGUUAUUCUCCAACAGAAUUUCAAAAUUUGUUAACGCCAGAAAAGAUGAAUCUUCUUAUGCUUAAAUCUAAACGAAGGAGGUACUUGAUGCAAAGCAGCGAUUCGGAAGUAGAAACGAAAUGUCCAAAGUAUAAACCGAUGAUACAAUCUGAGAAAGAUGAGGAGGUACAAUUGAUACAUCCAACAGCUUUACAUAUGCAAUUUCAGGCAGAACUACAUCUUUAUGAUUCUUAUAACGAGUCUCUCAGACAAGUUAUGGACGUUGAAAAGUGUUUGUACAACAGCAAGUGCGAGAUGAAAGAACAAAAAAAUCCACAGAAAAUUGCUGAGAAAAAUGAAGAAUUGGAAAAAGUGCAAACUGAAGAAAAUUGUGCCGCUGCUGCAAUUGAUAACGAUACUGUUGAGAAAUCAACAUGGAAUUCGGUUGACUAUAAAAAAAAGGACAUCACUGAAGCUCGAAAAUCAAGUGAUGAAGCGCAUUUCAAUAGAGAACAUUACAUUUCGAAAGGCAAAGUCGAUGAAUCUGGUUAUGGAUUUAAUUAUGGGAAGUUUAAUAAAGCUAUGAUUAAAGUGGCGGAGGUACAAACUCAAACGGUGAAUGAUAUAGCGACCCAAACGGAUAUAUCAGCAGACGAACGACACGCGGAAAAUAGAUUAUCAGAAAUUUGUGAAAACGCAUAUGAACCAUUCGUGAGGGAAACCCAAGUUCCCCAGUAUAUGACCUUAAAUUCGGCCGAGCAAUUCAAAGAUUUGGACCAAGUAGAAGAGUUAUCUUUACCCAGCAGAAUAAGAACCAUGUCAGAAAUUAGUUUACACGAAACCACUUCAUCGAUAAAAACAGAGACUGGAACUGAAAUUAGUAUUUCCACUAGAGAUAUAACGUGUUCAUUUAAUCAGUAUAUAGGUUCAGAGCUGUCACGACUUUUACAAGAUGAGAAUCAGCGUAGAUUUAGAAUUGAAGAGUUAUUUAAGAAUCGGGAAAAAACGUUAAAUGACAAAACCAAAAAAUUGGUGGAGUUAGAAGAACAAAAACGUGUGUUGAAAGAUACCGGACAAGACAGUCGUUCUGUUAAGAAAAAACAAAGAGCUCUGCUUUUAAAACUGCAACAAGAGAAGGACGAAAUACAUGCAUUAAAAUUAUUGUACGAAAUUACGAGUCAAGAACGGAAGCGUAUGUUACAAAAACAAAAAGAUAUGUUUAAUUUGCAAAUGUCGACGAAGAGUAUUUUAACGAAAUUAAAGAGAAGCGCUGAUAGUCAAUCACCGAGAAGAUUAUCAGGCCCUAUGAAAGGCUAUGAUAUACGCAGUAAUAGUUCUAUGAGCUCACUAAUUGAUUCAGAUAAAUCUCACCAUGAUCGGUCUCAAAUAGAUCCAGGUCUGCAUGCAUCCGAGAACGACAUAUCCAAGCUUGAUUUGCUCAAGUCCAACGCAUUUAUAAGUUUAGCUGAGGAGAGUAACACAUCUGCAACAAAAUUCGAUGAGAGUAAAGAACAGGAGGAAAGUCCUGUGCAGAUACAAAAGAAAAGCGAUAUGUCAAAAUAUAAGCUGAGAUCUCCAAAGUACGAAGAAAAAAUGCCCAGAGCGGAUAUUCUGCGGCAGAAACAGAAUCAAUUGGAUAUGGAAUCGAAACGGAUACAAGGCCAUCCUAUGAAAAUAAAUAUUCGGCUUUUGGAAAAUCAAGAUCAAAUAAAAGUGCCGCAGUCGUCGAAACCAAUAGCAGAUACACUAGCAUCUGACUAUGUAAAAUCUGAAUCUGAUACGUUAGUGGAAGAGUUAUCUAAAAGAUCGAGAACAUCACAAAUAACAGACCCCUCUAUACAAACCGCGACGAUUGCAAAAGAAAAAGACUUAACUUCUAACGUAGUAACCGCUAAUAGUGAAUCUAUAGAGGAAGAAAUAAAUACGAUAGUUCAAGAUACUGUUUCAAAGACGACGCAGUCACAAAUCUCUGAAAUAUUUACGAAUACAAGUAAGAGCUCUAGAAAGGUUGAUAAGUCCAUUACGAAUGAUAAAGACAUAUCUAAGAAAUUGCAACAUAAUGCCGAAUUAAAGACAAGCUCCAAGCGUAAAAGUUCCAAGUAUCAGAAAACAAAAUCGUCUUCUAGUAUAUUAACAGAAAAUAUAUCGCGAUCUAAAUCAAACUCUCAUAUAUCAGAGGAGCUUAUUAAGCAUCAUGAUAAACGGACAAAAGUGGAAACCGAUUUGUUUCAGUUAGAUAACGACAAAGAAAGUUCAAUUUUGGGCGAAUUGGAUAACGAAAGUCAAACUUCGCUUCAGGCACUUGUUAAGCAUUCGAAGACCAUCAAAGAUAAAAGUGCGAAAUUAUCGAGCGAAGUAACAAAUGAGAGUAAGGAGAACGGGUCCAUUCAAGUUUCAAACAAAAAAUAUGAAAAUGGUGAAAGGAAUCUUGCGAGGAACGAACAAGAUACUCAAAAUGUAUCUACGUCUCAAAUUAGUACUUUUGCCGUUUCCCAUCACAGUUCUGGCGAAAGCGAAAAGAAUUUCUCGAGGUCUAUAGUUCUUAGAUCACAAGAUAAAGAUUUCGAACAAAUUUUGAAUGCACGCGAAGUUGCACUUGCAUCCCGCAAGAACUGCGUCGAGGAGUGGAUGGCGUGGCACGCAAGGUUAAGAGCGGAAGAGGACCGUGUCAGUCGCAUGGAGCAGACAGCAUUUAAACUCGUUGCAGCAUCUAAUGUUGAUCAACAAGGAGGAGAGAGAGAUCUACGCUCUUUUAUAGAUACUACUGUGUCUUCCGAUACGAGCGAUGUCGAAGGAAGGAUAGGCCUUCUCACUGAAAAAUUAGCGGAGCGACGUCUCGAAAUGGCGCGUCUAAAAAGAGAAGCAAAGAAACAAGCGAAGAAGCAAUUGCGUGCUUUGGAAGCAAAUCUGCUGAAUCAAAUCAAAAAGUAUGAUACGACUAUUCACGAAAUGCGCAAAAAACUGGAAUCGAAGAAAGCUAUUAAAGAAACGGAUAAGUUAGCGAUAGAGCCAAAGUCAUUGGCUGACUUCAAAGUACCUGAAAUACCACUUAAGAGAAUACAGGACAUUUACAAGAGUAGCGACUUAUUGAGAUCCAGAUCGGAAUCUGAUCUUCUGUCAACGAGAAAUCAGCAAAAGGAUUUAUCGAAGAUCAUAACGCCUGUGGUGUAUGGUUAUAAACAUGAGAAAUAUAACUCUCAAAAGUCUACAAAGUCCACGGUUAAAAGCGCAAGCGCUUUAGAAUUAAAAGGUACUACGGAUCUCAACGAUAGCACUCGGAUUAUUUUUGGCGAUUAUGCAUCGACGGAAGCACACAAUAAAAUUCGAACAGCGCUUUCAGAAUCAUCGACUUCAAAUGAUGCACAUGUUGGAAAAUAUGAUCUUUCUAUGAAAAGACAAAUCGAAGAAUCUACUACGAACGUCAAAAUGAAACAGAAUGGCGUAUCGCACGAUGCGGAAGAUGCUAAAACCGAUCCUAAUAUGCAAUCGGAAUUAGAGGUGCAAACGAUAUCGGAUACACGAUUUGAAGAUCACAGUACUAUCAACACCGAAUCGGCGAAUGAUAAAUUAAUUACUAGUCAAUCUCAGCCGAAGACUCUUACAAUACUAUCUGAGAUUCAAGAAGUAGAAAACACCGAAAAUUCCAAAUCUAUUCCGAGCAAAUCUGAGUACUCCACGGAAAACGCUGCACGUGUUACAGCCGCUGAUUCUAGUAUACUUACUUACUCGAGAAAGUUAGAUUUUCUACAGUUAAAUAAUAAGAAUUUGAGCGAGGAUAUAAGUUCUAUCGAAAAAGAUAUUAAAGCGCUUUCGGAAAUAAUGUCACGUUUAAGCAACGAAACAAAUGAGAAGUCGAAAGUAGAUAAUGAUGAAAGGAAUACGUCGCAAGAUAUAUCAGAAAUAAUAUCUAAAUCGAUUUUUAGUAACAAAACAACUGAUAUUGAAAACGAGAGAAAGCAAACAGCGUCGGCCGAAACGGAAAUAGAUGAAUCACCACUUUCUAUGUCGAUAAAUAAUAGAAAAUUGAUAUCUUCUAAUGAUUUAAGUCAUGAUAAAUAUUUAUCAGACAAAAUUAAUGAAAUAUCGACAAUAAUUCCAGAAAAAGCUCCUAUCAUUUCUAAAUCGCCUCGCGAAAUUGACUACGAAGCCAAAAGCAAAGAAAUUAUGAAUGAAAUCGAGAAAUCUAUUCUGUCAAAACACACUAAGAGUGGUGACCCAGCUUUAGUAUUAGAAAAUGGAAAUGAAGAAUUAUUAAAUGAUUUCGUUUCCGAGCUCAGUAUAAAAUCGAUUUCCGAGAUACUUUCUAAAGUAUCAGAAAGCAGAAAGAGUCUUGAUCUUGCCAAGAAUACAGCAAAACAAAUCGAUAAUUCGAAGAAUGAUAUAAAUGAACAAAGUGAUUUAAGUGAAACAAAACUUGAAAAGGAUCUUGUAAAAAGUCCAGUGGAAGAAGCGCAUUUACUGAAAUUUUCUGAACACUUUGGCACCGAGUUAGUGCAUUCUCCCAUCAUCGCCGGUCAUCGUUCAAAGGAAAAUUACAAAACGAUAUCACAAGAUGACUCACGAAGCGUGCCUAGCAUAGUUUCAAGCUCGCAUAUUCUUGCCGGCGAAAAUUACAAGUCGUCGAAAAAGAUUUCCGAGGUGGAAGCCAGAAGUGACGUUGAUGAUGCGAAGAUCCUCAUAUCAAAGAACCUCGAUGAGGAUAUUCACACGGAGGCGCUCGACAAUACUGUGACAAAUUCAAUGACACUUGCGUCUAAUGUCGAUCAAAACCAGUCGCGUAUCAUCAGUAAUAUUUCUCAAGAUAAGAAUGACUGGACGACGUCUGAAUCGUUCGAAGUUCCGCAAGAUGAGAUUAGUACUGGAGUACGUGAAGAAUUUGCGAAUUCAAGAUCGGACUUGAGUCAUACGGAUUCAAUACGGAGUCAUACGGAUGCUAUGAAUAAGUUCUCAGAAAAGAAUGUAUCACACGUCGAUGACAUAGCGAAUAAAGAAGCUGAAAAUGAACAUUUAAUAAGCGACGCUGACGCAUCUGGCCUUUUUCCAAAAGAGAAAUCUAUCAAUGUACAAGACGUCACGUUUAACAUCACAUUAACACAAUCCCAAAUGACGAAGAGUAAUGACGAGCUCGAUGAUAUAUUGGAUAUAAUAGCUAGAGAAAACAAUAAAGAAAAGAGCAUUCCUAAUAAUGAAGAUGAAAAACUCAAUAAUGUAAUGUCAGAUUCUAUGAUUGAAUUAUUAGAUAGAGUUAAAGAUAUAGUGGAAAAUGAUGAGGAAAGCGUAGAUAGUCGUUUCAAAGGACUCUUAUGUGAUAUGGACAUCAGUCUAGAUAAUCGAACUACAGCAGAUGAUUUGAUAUUAAAUAACAAAGCGUCAAGCGAAACAAAUGUUGGAGAUAUAAAUGAAAGUAAUAAAAUUCCUGCGAAUAUUUGCGAAAAUAAUAAAUCUAGUAAUCAUGAAGAAAUAGUGGAUACUUUGUUACGAGCAGUUGACGAUAAUAAAACUACUAUAGAUGUAAAUUUACGAGUGGAAAUCGAUAAUGAGGAGAGUCCAUGUGAAAUGGUAUCAGAAGUACAAGAAAUUAUAAUAACGGAGCUGGAUUCGAGUAGUGCCGAGGAUAACGUAUUAUCGGAACUUGAAAUUGAUGCUAAAGUCGAAUUGGCUGAAGAGGAAGAAUUCGCCACGUGCAAUGUAGACGAGGACAAAAAUAAAUACGCUACCAAACGUAGCCAAGGCAUUACGUCUAUAGAGAUAAAGGAAUGUUUAGAAUCAAUUUCCGAACAUGAUAGCUCGGAAGGCGAGCAACUGGACAAUCUGGUGGAAGUCGCUAUGAGUGGAUUGGACACUGUAGAAAAACCCGUUGCACUGCGCGAUUCUCCUAAAUCGGUGAUAAACGACGCAGUAUCUACGCAGACUGGACAAGAGGCUGAAGAAGAGACGACGGAUAAAAUCGAGAAGUAUGACGAAGUCGUGAUGUCGGAUGCACCAAUAAUUGAAAAUGUUAACAAAACAUUCGAGAUAUUAAAGGAUCCCGAAUACGAGGACAUAUCCGAGGAGAGUCUCGAGGUGUCCGAAAUUUUAGACAAAAAUGAUCUCCCGAGGACACCCGCGAAGAAAUCUGCCAAUCUACCGGAUAGCUAUCGGACUACCCAGAAAUCAGAGGACGUAUUAAGAAUAUUGGACGAAAUAUCGCAGAAAUCAUCGUCGGAUUCGAACAAUUCGCAAAAUAAUCAGAGAAGUGUCCAGAGCGUGCCGAGUGCAACGGAAGAGAUCAGUAAUCUGGGUGUAGAAAUCUCUGCAAUUGACAAUAGAGAAUCGUCCCUCGAGAGAAAUAGAAUAGCGACGAACAAACUCGAGGAAAAAUCGUAUGAAGUGGAGGAGGAAACAAGGGAUCGAUUCCAGGAAGGAGUAAAAUUGCAAGAUAGGCGAAGUCGGUCGACAGAGGUCAGCGAUGCGGACGAUUUGUCCAAGAAGAAAAGCGUGAUUCCUUUGAGAUUAGAUGAGCAUGACGCGGACGAUAAGUCUUCUCAAAUAAUACACGAGCUGCGCGAGAGAGUCUCGCAGCUGCAGGAGCAAAAUGGCUCGUCCGAAUCCAGCGAGGCCAGCGAUACUCCAAGGGGUGUAUCCGAGAUCGAGAUGGACUCGCCGAGAGAUUUUAAUGACUCGAGAUUGGACAUUGAUAUCCUAGAUGAUGAUUUGUUGAGUGGCUCCAAGGCGACGAACCGGAACAUCGAUAUGGAUACUAAUUUCCACUCUGCGUCCAUCGUCACGGCGUCUGACAAGGACAUCGAAACUAUGAUCGACGAAUUAAGAGCUUCCCUCCUGCAACCUGGUCAUGACAGGCAAGCCAAAAUGCUUCGGAUCGAACAGCUAGAGAUCGAGUUGAAGAUCAAAAAGUUGGAAGCGGAAGAAGUGUCUUACUACGUUCGAGAAAUACCGAAUAAACCACCGCCUCCUUACAUCCCACCGGAAGAUGGCCGAUUGUCGACUUCACUCGGUUCACCCACGCCGGUCACCGCUGUGAUCCCAUCGAAUGUUGAGGAGCUGACAUCAUUCACCGAGAAAGCUACAGCCCUAAUAUACAACGCCAAACUGGCCGGCGAGGACAUCGCGAAUUUAGAGGCUCCUCCCGAGAUUUACGAGUUGACCAAAGAUAAGAGCGAGAGCGUAAAACGAGACAGGCGGAUCUACAACACUUUCCUCUUCGAUCUUUGUAAGGAGACAAUCGUGGAAGUCUAUCGAGCGGAAUACGAGAAACCCGGCCCGAGUUGGACGAAGCCGAACGUGAAGACGAAACCCAUGAUGAAGAUUCCGAAGAACGUCGAGGAACUCAUCGAAUACGUUAAUAAAGAAGUUGCCACACUCUUCGGCUUCAAAACGAAGCUGCAGCGAGAGAAUAUGGUGAUGCGUUGGAGCAGAAAACGCAGAGACAGGGUUGACGAGUUGCUGGCGAGAGAAGCCCAGGCCGAAGAGGAUGAGUGGACGAAGUUUCAUCAUGACGAGCUGGCGGUGAAAAAUGGACUCACGGUUACCAUACUGGAUACCCUCGUGAUGGAAACUGCGAACGUGGUGAAAAUAGCAUAUGGUAAGAAGAGAAGAAUGAUGGUGUAGCGAUUAUUAACUUUCGCCUUAACUUUUGAGCAAAGGCACUAUCUUGCAAUUCAUUGUUAGUUGAAAUGGACAAAAGUGAAAUAAAUAUCCUCUCAGUUAAUGUUUCCUUAUGCAUUUCGAAUAUUACGUUACUGUCAUACAUACUUUUGUCCAUUAGUACCUUAAAUAUACCAUAUAGGCUGGUUCCUAUUUAUUUGUUGACUAUGCAAUUUGUUGCCUUUCUUUUUAUAUCAACAAAGCUGACGCGUGUGAAUGUUCAAGUAGAAGAUACAUUUCAAUAAGAUGAAAUGUGAAUGACAGAGAAAAUAUAAUUAAUACUAGCCAUUCAUGAUUCGAUAAUCAAAUGCCCUAGGUCAGUUUUAAAAUUUAUUUCUUGUUAACGACAAGUUUAACGAAUUUCUAACAUUUAAUGAUAAUUAUAUGUUUAUAUGUACGGACUAUCAUAGAACAAUUAACAUAAGGCGUACGGUACUAUGUGUUUCUAUGAAAAUGACAAUUAUUAAUCAUCGAAUAAUACGGAGCGUUUUGUUCAAUUUAACUUAUACUUAGAGUUUUUAGAUUAAUGGUAGAAAUAUAGUCUCCUGUUAUGCAAGUUUCAUAUUAUGCUUCUUAGCGCGUUAUCAAAAUAUUUAUGCUGUAGUUUAUCGGAAUUGAACAAUAUAUUAUUCUAAUAAUUAUAUGUGUAAUAUUUAUAAUGUGUUAUAAUUGAACAAAACGCUUUCUCGAUUGCUGUAUGUAAAUUGUAUUUUAGCAGAAUGUAGAAUAAGCAAUAAGUUUUCGAUACGUCAUGUUGGACAGCAGUCACAUGCUCAAUUACUUGUAAUGAAAUUAACAAAAUUUGAACGGAAAGACUGACAUUUCGGGGCCAUUUUGAUCGAAAUUAUAAACUGUUGAAUGAAGUACAUUGAUGGAGAUUAUAGUAAACAUCGGCUAUACAGGGUGAGGCGCAUAAACAUUUUAUCUUGGAAAACAUUUUUCUUCUUCUCCCCUUUGUCAAUCCUUCCAAGUAUUUUAAAUUGUCUUAUGUGCUUCUCCUACAAAUUGAUUUUCGAGUUUCGAUUGCGAAGGAUUAAUUUUUGGGUCUUCUCUUUAAUAAUACCAGCCCCUGUAAUCAUGUAGAAUACAGUCAAGAUUGAGUCCUAUAUAGUCAUUACAUUUAUUAUCGACGAAACUAUCUGUAUAAUUUGUUAAUGGACUGAUAAACAAUCAAUAUACGUUUUAAUUUAGUCGUAUCGCUUUCGAUCGAUGCGAUUCUGUUUGACUCUUGUAAUUUUAUGUUCGUGGUUGUGAUGUAAACGUUAAGACUUACGGGAAUACAACGAUAGCACUUUAAACGCUAUAACAUGCAAAUAUAAUUCUUAUUUUCUUGAUAUCCAGCGUUAUAGCGUAGAAUGUGCUUCGUCCUGAAAUUCCUGUAGCUGUGGAAAUAUAAAUACUGCAGCGCUCAAAUAUAACGUCCAGCGUUGUUCCUUUGUAUGCAGGUAACAUCGCUUUGGUAAUUUUUAAUUGUAACUUUUAAUAUAAAACUCCCAUGUGCAGACCGCCCUGAAAAGCCUUUCUCCGUUUGCAGGGUACACUUGUAGAGUUGUUCACAAUUCUCUUUACAUUAGCAAUUCUUUAAUCGCGUCUGUAGUUGUUACAGAGAUUGUUCACGUAUGUAGUGUUAAAUAUGUACUUAACUAAGGUAUAUUUUAUAAUAAACUUUUCCUGAAAAGA